AUGGAGGAUGUUAAAGACCCACCGACCGUCCACCGGUCAUCCUCCUUCAGCAUUAAGAGCCUCCUGCUGCCUUCUAAGUGCGACAGACCGGACUCAGUCGUUGCUGCCGCCGCCGCUGCGGUCGCCGGCAUCCCCGGGACGCUCUCUCCUUCGCCGGGCUCCGACUCUGACAAGUCACUGGAUAUUCCGGAGGUGGACUCCACAGCGGUGUCUCUGGACCCGGUGAAACCCGGCAAGGAGGAGCAGGGGGAAGAGGAGGAGGAGGGUGGAGGGGGAGGCGGAGGAGGGGAUGGCACUAAGGCGACAUCAGAGCAGAAUACUAACGGUAAUAAUGGUAAAAACGGGAAAUAUGACAAGCCUCCGUUCAGCUACAACGCUCUUAUCAUGAUGGCAAUUCGGCAGAGCCCCGAAAAGCGGCUCACGCUAAACGGCAUCUAUGAGUUCAUCAUGAAAAACUUCCCGUACUACCGAGAGCACAAGCAGGGCUGGCAGAACUCCAUCCGACACAACCUGAGUCUCAAUAAGUGUUUCGUCAAGGUCCCUCGGCACUAUGACGACCCGGGGAAGGGGAACUACUGGAUGCUUGACCCGAGCAGUGAUGACGUUUUCAUUGGGGGGACUACCGGGAAACUCCGGCGGCGCUCAGCCACCUCCAGGGGCAAGCUGGCGAUGAAGCGCGGACUGCGCUUCGCUCCUCUCGGUUUGGGGAUUAACGAGCGGGCGAACAACCCGCUCUACUGGCAGAUUUCUCCUUUUCUCUCUCUUCACCACCACCACCACCACCCACACUACAACGGCUCCUCUCCCGGGUUUUUGAACCAGGCUGCGGGCUACGGGUCACUUCUUCCCGCCGUGGAGCAGCUGAGUAACGGGGACCUGGGGCGCUCCAUCCUUGGCGGGUCUGCCGCCGGGGCGCUGGGUUUGUCGAACAGUUACGGUAUGAACACGUCGCCAGUCGGGCUUCUCUCCGGACAGACUGCCGGGUAUUUUGUCUCAGGAAGCCAACACGCUGCUGCAGCGAAUCAGGGGCCACCGGGAGGGGGACCUCCGUCGCACCUUCAGCACAGCGCGUCGGGGUUCGGCGGCUUGGCGCCCAGCAGCUCUCCGCAAUCCUUGCUAACAGACUCCCUUAGAAACAGCUCCUUACCGGCCUUCUCCCCGGGUGUGUCCGCGGGGUUCCCUGGGAUGCUGUCCCAUCAAAAGAGGGUAUACCCCCAAACGCUUUCCUAA